GGGUGCCUGAAGUCAUGGCGCCCAGCGGGGGCCCAGUGCGUGACGUCGCCGCGAACCCAGCGCGUGGUGACGUCACCGCGCCCCUCCUGACCUUGCCCAGUCUCCUGACUCCCCAGCUGGUGCUGAGGGAGCGAUGUCAGGGUCCAGGCGGCAGGGCCGGCCCCCGGAGCCGAGAGGCAGCAGACCAAAGCUGGACCUUCUGUUUGUCAGACGAUUCUGCCAAAUCCAGGCAAUCCUCUUCCCAUCUUGGACAUCGCAGAGUGUUCUGAUGUUUGCUACACUGCUGUUUGUUGUCCUCCUCGAGCAGCUGAUAAUCUAUCAGGUAGGAAUUAUUCCAAGCCACUUCUUCAAGGUUCUGGGUGAGAAAGAUGUUGUUGGCUUCAGACAAAUCACUAUUGUGGCCAUCUGCCUCAUUGUGGCCAACUCCCUGUUGAAAAGUUUCGACCAGUUCAUCUCCAGUUUGAUGUAUGUACAUUGGAGACAGACUCUGACCAUGGACCUCCACAAGGCCUACUUCAAGAAGAAAGUCUACUACACCCUUAACGUACUCCAUGCUGAGUUGGAUAAUCCGGACCAGCGUAUCAGCCAAGAUGUGGAGAGGUUUUGCAAAGGAAUGAGCAAAAUGGCCAGCAACCUCAUCAUCUCCCCAUUCACCCUGGUUUAUUACACCUACCAAUGCUUUUACAGUACAGGCUGGCUGGGUCCAAUCAGCGUCUUCAUUUACUUCUUCAUCGGUUCAGUGGCCAAUAAAAUUCUAAUGGAGCCAAUUGUCUCAACCCUGGUCCAGCAGGAGAAGCUGGAGGGAGACUUCAGGUUCAAGCACAUGCAGAUCCGUGUUAAUGCCGAGUCAGCUGCGUUCUACAGAGCAGGAAGAGUGGAGCACAUGAGGACAAACUGGAAACUGCAGGACCUACUGCAAACACAGAGAGAGCUGAUGAAGAGGGAGCUGUGGCUGUACAUCAGUGUGAACAUUUUUGAUUACCUGGGCAGUAUCAUCAGUUACAUCAUCAUAGCGAUCCCCAUUUUUAGUGGACGGUACGAUGGUCUUGCUCCUGCAGCCCUUAUCGAGCUGGUCAGUAAGAAUGCCUUUGUGUCCAUGUAUCUGAUACACUGCUUCAGCCAACUCAUUGACCUCUCGACUACUGUGUCUGAUCUUGCGGGCUACACACACAGAAUUGGAGAGCUGCAAGAGAUGGUCCUCAAACUCUGCAAAUCACAUCGUAAGAGCAGACAGCCAUCAUGCAAGGAAUUGUCAGGUUUUGACAAGGACAGUAUAGAUUCAGAAGAGGAGGACGAGGAAGAGUCUGGUGAUGUGGCCUUUAUCCUGGAGCAGGUCUCCUUUACUGCACUGUCCUCCAAGGAGGAGCUAGUGAAAAACCUAACCCUGACAGUCAUCGCGGGGCACAACCUCUUGGUAACGGGCAACACUGGCUCUGGAAAGACCACUCUGUUACGGGUCCUGAAUAGACUAUGGGAGACAGCUCACGGGUCUGUCCACAUGCUGACUUCCUUCGGGCCCCGUGGAGUUAUGUUUUUUCCCCAGAAGCCAUACUUCACUGAUGGAACUCUACGAGAACAGGUAAUUUAUCCUUUGAAGGAAAUCUACCCAGUUACAGGUUUACCAGAUGACGAGAGAAUCACCCGCUUCUUAACAUUGACCGGAUUGCUUGGAACCUCAGAGAGUUACAGUCUAACUGAUUUAGCUAUUCUUGCAUUAAGGGGUCACUCCUGAAGAGGACUGGUGGUUUGGAUGAGAGAGUGGAUUGGAACUGGUACGAUGUGCUGUCUCCUGGAGAAAUGCAGAGACUGUGCUUCGCUCGACUCUUCUAUCACCAGCCCAAAUAUGCAG